ACAGCCAGAGGUUUACGCGCCAGAUCUGGGCUGAAGAAUCGCGCCGCUGGCACCGGACACCACCAAAUGCGUCUGUGUUGGAGACAUGUGACGCCUCGUGUCCACAUCUGGAGAGACACGCGCGGCGGAGUUGAGCCGUUUCAUCUGAGUGAUCUGCGCUCGGAUUUGCGUCCAGCCUGUUACGUGGGAUCUGCUGCUCGACGCGAUUAAAUGGCUGGCGAGACCGGUGCCCUCAGAAAAAGAAGCCCAGACACAUCGAUGGAAACCAAACGUGUGGCGUCGGAUUCACGCGUCCGCACGAACUCUCUUUAAUUACGCGCUGAAAUUAGGCUCUGACAUUACAGGGCAUCGCGUUGGAAAUCCACCUCGUCAGGAUGAGAUACACUCGACAAACGACAUAAUGAUUCUCUUCAGUGGACUGGACAGACACCCGUUCUCCAAAGCCAUGCUGAAGCACACUGCGCUCUAAGAAGACACAGCCAUGGUCAUCACGGACAGGAACCCCUCCGUCCCUAAAAAGGAGGCCCAUAAGAAGAAGUGGAAGUCGCGGCCUCACGGCCUGCCCUCCCCGGCCCUGUGCUGUGCGUGUGGCCUUUGCAUCAUGUUGGCAGGGCUCAACAUCACCCUUGUGGGUGCGUUUGCCUUCAGCACACUGGUGCCUUCUGCCAACCCGCCCAUCAUUAUCGGACCCAUCCUCCUGCUCGUGGCCUUCUCAUUUUUCGGAGCGUGCUGUGUGUGUAGUCGCCUGCCUCCUCCGCACAGCUCGCGUCACUCUAACGUGGGAGGCAGGGGCACGGGGUUAAUGGGACAUGGAGGCUUGGCUGGAGGAGCCACCUUUGAGAUAGAGACCAGUGAGCACACUCUGCAGGACACCACAGCAGUACAGCUCAGCCCCACAUCGUCCCGCGGCUCGUCCCAGGUGUCCAGCCCAGAGAAGGUGCCCGUGGAUCAGGAUGGAGCUGGGACAUGUAAGCUCUUCACCAUGGACGCCAACGGUCCCUCCACUGUGUCUGGCACUGCGGUGUACUCAGCCUUUUCAGGAGGAGGAGAGGUCCGGCUCAAUCUGCCAUGUGAACAGAUGGGCACCUAGCCCCUAACCCUGCCGGGCCUGGCACUGUACAUAACGCUGACUUAGGGGCUUGCAUAGUGUCAAAAUGUGUCAUUGUUUACUGUCUCUUGAUCGCAACAUUAUGAUUUUUCUGCGCUGACAGCAUGCAAACUCACAAGUAUUUAGGGACUUGGAAUUCAAAUUCCUACCUCUGAGUUAAGUCUACAGGGUUUUUGAAAUAGAGGCACUGAUAACUUGAGUACCUUUAUUUUUAUAAAGUGGCAAAGUUGAGGAAAGCAAAGGUCAUUUCUGAGACUGCUCUGGUUUGUACUCGGUGACAUGUGGCAUUUUGUGAGCUGUUCCCACUUUGGGGCAUGAAAUAUUCUAGGUCACAAUAGUGUGGUUCUAGAGCAAUAUCUCAAGACAGAUCCACUCCUGGUAUUUUCUUUUAAUAAUAAUGUCCCAAAUGUGCUUUAGAAUAAAUCAGGAACUGUGCCUACCAGCCAGUCAGACGAUUGCACACUGAAAUGUGUGAGUAUAUAUACACAAACACCACCUAAGUUAGAAACUCAUUAAAAAUAUAUAGAAUAUAUGUUAACAUACAUCGUCCCUGUAUUUAAACAGAGCAGCAGCUGUAGGGCUGCAGCCACACUGAGUCAGCACAUCCUACAAUAUACACAGAAAUACACAGAAAACAUCAAAACUCCUUUGAGGACCUGAAAUCAGUCACAUCUGUGUUUCUGGGCCUGUCUGUCGUCCUGAUGCUUCACACGUCGUAACCACUUGGAUCUCGACAUUUCUAUAAUCUAGUGAGUUUUUAGGGUGUUUCUGUUUAUGCCACAGACUCUGCAGUCUCAUUUAAUGAUGCUUCUUUUAUCUGGGCAUUGGAGUGCGUGCUGAUGGCGUGCUGAUGGCGUGCUGAUGGUGUGCUGAUGGCGUGCUGAUGGCGUGCUGAUGGUGUGCUGAUGGCGUGCUGAUGGCGUGCUGAUGGCGUGUCCAAGCAAAGAUUUUAAACAGGGAUUCUUAAACUGUUUGUGCCAUGAACAUAACACCACUUACCUGAUGUUUGUGGAUAUUGUGCAGAAAUAUAAUUUCUGGUCAAACUAUUAAAAGAAGCCACAGAUUAUUUCUUUAACUGCAUUAAGAUUUACCCGUCACUGUGAUCUCUUUGAUUCUUUUGGACUGAGCGAUUAAACAAAGUUUGAUUUUCUUUGUAAAGAAGGUUGCCUUAUAGAUUUCAGGAUCAUUCUAAAGAGGGCUAUUUAAAGAUGAUUUCCCCAAAGCCAUUGUUUGACACUGAGUUCUAUAAAAGCCUCGGCAUUUUAAAGGUUGUAAAAAGUGCAUGUUUUUAUUCUCUCAGCUCAUUAUCAGGAGUUGCAGCCACUUACCCCAGUGUGUGCCAAUACCACCCACAAUUCAUUGUGACUCCUAUGAUGUUUGUCCAGCAUGUUCAGGGUUUAUGAAAAUGCAACUCCCUCUUGUGGCCUCUUGAUGUUAUAUGUUUUUUAAGGAUUUGUGUAGCAUUUAAGGACAAAUAUUUUGUGAUGGUUUAAAUAUAGAAAAACAUGAUCCUAAAAAAUAAAAAAAUAUAUAAUUUUCUG